CAACGAAGCCACAAACCACAUCUUAAACCCUUCAAGUAGUAGACGAAGGGGUGCAGGAGGAAAGGGGGAAGGAAGCGGAGGCAGGAGAGGAGGAAAGGAGGGAAGUUGUAUCUCCGGCAACUGUGAGACAAGGAGUGAGGGAGAGGGAGCUUGCGGGCGGCAGUGGUGGCUAGGUGCAGGCCGUGGACUGUGCUCGUGCGGCUCGCUAUAACCCGCGACGCUAGCCACACGGAGCAGCGCACAGAGGUACAGCGCCGUCCGUGCCCGUCUCCGCCGCCGUGGCCACCUCAUGAUGGUGGCUCCUGAGGCCGUGGUGACGCCGCGCGCUGUCCUUGGACCUGGCCCACCGCCUCAGCACCAGCACGUCCCGCGGCUACGACCCAGCACCAGGCGGCACCAGCACCAGCACCAGCACGAGCACGAGCAGCAGAGGUUGUAGAAUGCUGGCGGCGGCGGCGCUGGUGGUGACCUGCCUCCUGGGCGGCGUCGCGGCUGAUAUACAGUUCCAGACGUUUGACCGCGGCUCGGCGUCGCCCUUCACCAUUCUUGAGCACCUGGUCCGCACGCUGCAGAAGGAGGUGACGGACAUCCGCAAGGAAGUUCACACGCGCAUGGACACCAUGAAGUACGAGCUGACGUGCGAGAUCCGCAAUCUGAAGGAGGCGCUGGCCAAGGAGCGCGAGGAGGCUCUGGUCAAGGUGGAGGAGAUGGCGCUGUCCAUGAGCGACGUGAAGAAGAAGGUGAAGCGCGGCCUGCGGCGCGUCGGCACGCAGAACGACGACAUCAAGGGCGAGCUGCGCUCCCAGAAGGCCGAGCUGUUCGCCGUGCGCAACAGCGUGUACGACGCGCGCGAGGAGCUGCUGGACAAGGGCAACCUCGUGCUGCGCAAGGUGAACGCCACCAACGGCACGCUGGUCUGCCACCUCACCGACCUGCGCGCCAAGCUCUACAAGAUCAACAACAACCUCGCCUUCAUCUCAGACGAGCACAAGCGCAUGAUGGACGUGGUGUCCACGCUGCAGGCCCGUGGCCGACCCAGAGGGAGCUAUGGCCCCGGGCCCAUCCAAGCACCCGGCCCAGGCCCCGACCCCGCCGCGGGGGCGGGCAGCGGCGAGGGCGGCGAGGAGUACCAGGAGCGGCAGCUGCCCGGGUGCUCCUACACGCCCCUGGACACGCACGAGCUGGGUCUGGACGCGCUCAACCGGACCUUCUACAACGAGUCCCUCGGGGGGCUGCAGCGCGUCGGGGGCGUGGCGGCCACCGCCGACCCCGAGCGGCCAGACCGCACCUGGGGCAGCGAGGACAUCUCGCCCGAGGAGACGCUCUUCCCGACCAUGCCCGAGGACUGCAACGACGACAAGCGCAAGUACUUGGAGUACCCGCCCAUGCCGCGGGACUGCAAGGACGUGUUCGACAUGGGCUUCAUGGAGGACGGCGUGUACCGCAUCCAGCCGCCGGGGCUGUCCUCGCGCGAGGUGCACUGCGACCACCACACGGCGGGCGGCGGCUGGACGGUCAUGGUGGCGCGCCGCAAGCUGCCGCGGCACGUCUCCUUCAACAGGUCCUGGCACGAGUACGAGGUGGGCUUCGGCGACCCCGCCAAGGAGUACUGGAUCGGUCUCAAGGCCCUCCACGCCCUCACCAGCGGUCGGCCUCACCAGCUCCGCGCCGACAUGGAGGAUUGGGAAGGGAACUCCGCCUGGGCCUCCUACUCCUUCUUCGCCGUGGCGGGCUCCGAGGACAAGUACCGUCUGAAGGUGUCUGGCUACACUGGCACGGCGGGGGACAGCCUCAGGCACUCACACCUGCAGAUGUUCUCAACGGUGGACAGCGACAACGACCAGGAGAACUGGGGCAGCUGUGCACGGGGUCGGGGCGGGGGCGGCUGGUGGUGGGGCCGGUGCGCGUGUACCCAACCCACGGGGCAGUACCGGCGGGGCAGGUACCAGGGCCCCGAGCGAGGCAUCACCUGGUGGCACUGGAAGGACUCCAACUACUCCCUCAAGACGCUGGUGCUCAAGUUUCGACCGCUGGAGUGAUGGAGUAGCGGCGACAAACCGACGGAGUGAGCACGCAGACAACAGGAGGAGGAGGAGGAGGAAGAGGAGGAGGAGGAGGAGGAGGAGGGUUUAAUUAGGGAUGGUGAUUAGAGGUAGGGAAAUGGAGGGUAAUGGGGAAAGGAAGUAAGGAGGUAAGGAAAGGAUAAGGGAAGGAAAAUUAGGGGAUAUGUAAGGAAGAAGAAGGGAAGGAGAAGGAAGAGAAGGAACUGAAAUGUGAGGUCCUCUUUUGUUCCCUUCUCCUCUUUUCCUUCCCUUCCCUUUCCUUCGUAUCCCUUCUCUUAUCUUCCCAGCAUUCCCCCUUUCUUUUCCUUCUUUCAUACCCCUUUCAAAUCUUUCGCUUCCCUUCCCUUCCUUUCCCUUACCUUUACUUUCCUUCUCUUCUCCUCCCUUCCCAGCCCAUUCCUGCCCUUCCUUUCCCUUCCAUUCCUUUCCUCUCCUUUCCUUCCCUUCCCAACCCUUUCCUUUCCUUCCUUGCAGUUUCCUCCUCUUCCAAACACUAUCCUCUCCUUCCCAUCCCUUACCAUCCCUACCUUUUCCUUCGCUUCCCUUCCCUUCCCAACCCUUUCCUUCCCUUCCUUGCAGUUUCCUCCUCUUCCAAACACAAUCCUCUACUUCCUUUCCGUUACCAUCCCUACCUUUUCCUUCCUUUCCCUUCCCUUCCCUUCCUCUCCUUUCCCUCGCCUCCUCCUCCACGCACACACACACCUCAACAGGUAUUUGGUGGUAAUUUGGGAGAGUUGAAGCAAAGUGGUGAUAACUCUCCUGGUGUUGAUAUUCUGGGUGUUGCUUCCCCCUCAUCACCAUCACUCACCACCACGACCACUCACCACCACUACUGUUAUUGGUGAUGAGAGUGAGUGAGUGAGUGAGUGAGGGGUAAAAAGGUCAAUGUGGUGUUGGUGUGAUUUUUUAUUUUUUUUAUUUUUUUGUUUAUUUAUCGCGGAAAAAAAUGUGUUAUAAAUAUGUGGUGUGUAAUGUUGAUGAUGUUGAAAUGUGUGAUGUUGAUGUUUGCUUCUUUGUUUGUUUGUUUAUUGAUGUUCCGAUGUGAUGAGAUGUGAUGAGAGAUGAUUUUUUGAGAUGAUGGGAAGGGAUGCUGAGAGAGAGGGAGAGAGAGAGAAGGAAAGAGAGAGAGAGAGAAAGGGUUAACUGGGUUAACUGUCUCAAAUAUCUCCCAACUUCUCUCUCUCUCUCUCUCUUUUUUCUCUUUUUUUCUCUUAUCUCUCGAAGCAAGGAAAGAAAAAUGAAAUAAAGAGAAAAAGAGGAAAAAGAUAAGGAUUAAAGAUUUUUCACGCACACAAACACACAUACACACAAACACCUUUCUCAUUUUUCUUUCUUUUGUGUGCGUGUGUGUAUACACACACACACACACACACACACACACACACACACACACACACACACACACACACACACACACACACACACACACACACACACACACACACACACACACACACACACACACACACACACACACACACACACACACACACCACUCUAUCGAAUUUGCUUGUGAUGUGAUUGAUAAUUAAGUGGUGAUGAAUUUCUAUACCACCACCACCACCACCUCCACCACCACCACCAUCACCACCACAACACCACCACCACCACCCUAUCGUGUUCACCUCCCCAAAAUUAACUCGGUUUGUCGUCGGUAUUACCAUCCACACACACACACACACACACACACACACACACACAGCUACCCAUCUACCCCUCUACCAACCUUCCUACCUACCUAUCUACACACACACACGCACACCCACCCACACACACACACACACGCACACAACAGGCUUCCAACAGUGACCGGAAAGUUAAAAAAAUGAAGGAAAAUAUAGACGAAAAAGAAAGCAACGAAAUAAUAAGCACAAAAAGUGAUAACCGCAAAAAGAAGAUCAAUAUAUGGAUGAAAUAUAUUAAUAAGUAAAAUAUUUAAACGAAGAAAUUGACCUACCAACCAAAAAAAUAAUCGAUGUCGCCGAGUGUUUCGCUUUUUUCGCGGUCAAAGAAAAAGGAAAAUAGAAAGUAAUCGGAAAGAAAAAUAUAAAUGGGAAAGUAUGAAGAUUGAGAACGAAAAAUGUUAAAUGUUACUUGUUGAAUAUUUUGAAAAAGAAAAGUAAGAAAAGUGAGAAAUUGAAAAGGAAGGGAAAGGAAAAGCAUUUGUAAAGUGAGAAGACCGGAAGAGAAAAAAAAAGUGACGUAUGAAAAAGGAAAAGAUUGAAAAUGUAUGAGGAAAAGUUUAAAAGGACAAGAAAUAAAAAAAAUACAGAAAGUGUGAAGAACGAGAGAAAAAAAUAUGUAUAUAAUCACGCGUGUUGGCGAAUUUAAAAAAGAUUAAAAGAAAGAAAAUAAUUGGGUAAAAUUAAAAGAAAGGUUAGGAAAAAGAGAAAAUGUGAAGACCGAGAGAGAAAAAUAAAAUGACCUGCUAGUUGUGAAUUUUUUGGAAAACAUGGACACCAGAAAAUGGUAAAGAAAAUUUACUGAAAUAUUUGAUAAAAUAAAAUUAUAAAAAAAAUACAGAAAAUCUGAUACGAAAGAUCGAAAAUAAACUUGAAAUAUUACAUUUGAAAAAAACAUAAAAGAAAAGAAGGAAAAAUCAAAUAAAAAAUAUAUAUAGAGUUAAAUAUAUGAAAACACUGCGGUUCAGAAAUUAUUUGAAAAUUAAAGUAAUUGCCAAGAAAAAAGAACUAAAUAAAAAAACGACGAUGGAAAAACAGGUGAAAAGGAGAAAAAAAUUAUCAGUAAAAGGGAAAAAUGAAAAAUGUAAAUAAAAUUGAAGAAAAAAGAAGCUAAAAUAUCACUUCUGAAAAUAAUAUAAAAUGAAAAAAUAAUGAAGUUUAGAAAAUUAAGAAAAAAGAGGAAAAGUGUCACUGAAAAAAAUGUAAAAUUAUACAUCACAUUUGAGAACAAUAAAGGAAAUGGAAAUGAGUUCAGGAAAGAGAAAACACCCAGACUAGAGACAGUUGAAUGCCAGUAUUGAAAAUAUUAUGUGGAAAAAUGUAGAGAAUAACGAAAGGUGUGACUAAUUAUUGAUGAAAAGUAUGGAAAGGAAAAAAAAUCUAGAAGAGUAGGAUUUCUAUGUUGCUGUCGAAAAUAAAUGAAGAAAGAAAAAAAAUAACAUUGUGAAAAAUAUUUAAGUGAGCAAAAAUAUUGAUCAAAAAAAGUUUGAACUACUGUUGAUAGAUUAUUUAAAAAAAAUGAAAAAAAAGAAUACCAAAAAGUUAAUAAAAAUAACAUUGUUGAAAAUCGAAAAAAAGAAAAAUAAGAAAAAAAGUUAUAAUGCCACUUAUGACACUGAAGAGAAAAAAAGGAGAAAUGAAAGAAAACAUCAAACAUUACUGUUGAUAAUCAGAGAAAAACAGAACUGAAAAGUUAGGAUUGCAAAAUCACUCUCUAGUCAAUUUAAGUCUCUUCAUAAACACACACACACACACACACACACACACACACACACACACACACACACACACACACACACACACACACACACACACA